AUGCCAAAGAAGAAAACGAAUGCCACUUCCAACAAGGAAGAAGAAUCGAUCAUUUUAGAAUAUUUAACCAAAACCAAUAGACCAUAUAGUGCCACUGAUAUAUUCAACAAUUUGCAUGCGACAAUAUCUAAGGGCAACAUAACGAAAACACUUGAUAAAUUGAUUGAAGAUGAGGUUGUCGUUUCAAAGACGUACGGGAAACAGGUCAUUUAUUCUGUGAAACAGCAGACCGACAAUCAGCCGACACCAGAAGAAGUCGAAGCAAUUGAGAAAAAAACAGCUGAAUUACAAGAAAAGUAUGAUGCAUUAGCCCAAGAUAAUAAAAAAGCCGAACAAGUGUUGUCAAGUAUCAAACAUGAGCCAACCACAGCAGAAGCCAAGGAACUAGUAGAAAAAUUAAAACAGCAGAAUCAGCAAUUACAAGAGAAAUUGAAUAAUUUAAAGAGUGGGACCAUUCUAAUCCCACCAGAAAAGAGAAAGAGAGCUAAUGAAGACUAUGAACGGAACAGAAACUUAUGGAAAAAGAGACGAGGCAUGUUCAGAGACAUCUUUAGGACUAUUACUGAGCAUUAUCCUGGUAAUCCAAAUCAACUGAAAGAAGAAAUCGGUAUUGAGGAAGAUCCUAUACCCUUCGAGCAAGACCCGCUUCAACAAUAA